AUGAAGUCAACCGCUAUCCCAGGACUAUCUCUAGCAGAGAAGCUGGGUCUUGCGGUAAAGAUACUUCUAGUACCCGGAACCAUCGUGGGCAUUCUCAUCCGUGGCCUGCCCCUUGCCAUCAAAUACAAAAUCCCAUUAAACCUCUGGUUUGGCUGCAUGGUCGGACGCAUUCUCCUCGGUAACUUCAAUCCACGCCAGGUUCAAUUCCUCUCUACACCAACGAUAGAUGCCUACACAGCCUGGAUCAAGAAGCAGCGUGACCAGGGCCAUCACAGUCGGCUCAACCUCGACAUAGAGCCGCUUUCUGGCACUAACGCAUCGAUACUGUGGAUUGGUAAUCGCAAGAAAGCAUCUAAAUUCGUACUGUUCUUGCACGGCGGCGGAUACGUCGCGCCCCCUCUGCCAGGUCACUUCACUUGGUGCUGGGAGGCAUACGUCAACGGUGGACCUGGUGUAGAGACAGAAGUCGCUGUUGCGUUUUUGCAGUAUACGCUGGCGCCAGGUGCGAAAUAUCCCGAUCAGCUGCGUGAAGCUUCCGCUGCUCUAAAUCAUCUGCUUCGAAGCGGCGUGAAUCCAGAUGAUCUGAUAGUUGGCGGUGACUCGGCCGGAGGGAACUUGACAGCUCAGCUGGCUUACCACCUCCUCCAUCCUCAUCCAGCGGUUCCAGAAGUGAAGCUUAAAAGCCCAUUAGCAGGCAUGUUCUUGGUCUCUCCGUGGCUAAGUGACAGAACAGAUAAAGCCUCGUUCAAGCAAUACGGCAACGUCGACAUGCUAUCUGCAGGUUUACUCCAGAAAACUUCACCCCAUUCCUUCAAUAUCGACGACCUGAAGCCAAAUUUCAAUCGAGCUCAUCCAGCGUUAGCCAUGGAUGGAGAUCUAUCAUGGUUGAGCGAUCUCCCAACGAUAACGAAAGCCCUCUACGUUACUGUUGGCGGACGCGAGGUGUUUUGUGAUGCAGUCGUUGAAUUUGGGAAAGCUGCCCGAGAGAAAUGCCGUUCGAUUCCUGUUGUUUUUGAAGUUGGUGAGCGUGAGUGCCAUGACUUUAUACUCAUUGAGAACCAAGCAGAGGCGGUAGGGGAUGCUACGGAGAGGAUGAGGAAUUGGGCUUCGGGAAUAUUAGUGGAGUAG